AUGUGUGUUAAGCAAAGAAUUUUUGAUUUUGACGAGACUCCAACCGUGUAUCUCGCAACCGCUGGCCUGGAAACCACGACGAAUUCUUCGGCCACCGAAACGUUUCGAGGACCUCUUCGCGAGAUAUUUCCAUCGACAGUAAAACUUACGCCUCAAAAUCCAAUAAUCUGCCUAUUUUGUGGAGAAUUGCUUUGUCUGGAUGAUUGUUGUCAAACCCAGCAACAUGUUCAAGGAUCCGAUCGACUAUUGCAUACAUCGGAAAUGGAAUCGCACGCCGAAUCUUGCUCAACGUCGUCCGGCUUAUUCAUAUCACUGACGUCGUCAAUGAUUCUGGUGUCACGUGGCAGACAGGCGGCGAUUUGGGGAACCGUCUAUUUGGAUGCACACAUGGAAGAGGAUCGCAAUUUGAAACGUGGCAAGCCGUUGUUCCUAUGCGAAACGCGUCUCCGUUGGCUAGAAUACGAUUGGGCUGAUCAGGAAUGGCAGCGUGUCUAUCAGUGGUUCAAUAUGUUCCAUUCUAAUGUAUUCAUCAAUUAUAUUCGCGAUUGUCACCUCCAUCAUUGA